AUGACGCUGCUGCACUGGCCCCUCUGCGUCAGCGCCCUGGCGUGCUGGCUGGCGCGGGGCUCCGGCGCGCUGGUGCUGCCCAACACCACGGCGCUGCUCCUGCGGCCGCCCCGCGCCACCGCCCCCGGCCUCCCGCUGGGCAUCGGGCUGCCCCGCGGCCGGCGCCGCCGCUACAUCUCCCCCCGCCAUUGGGCCAGCGCCCACAAGAUUGCACAGACCCAAAAGCUGGGACAUGGGGGCAACUGGAUGGGAGAAGCGCCCUACAAGGUGGGCAGGCCAUGCUCCGCCUGCCCGCCCAGCUACGGCGGUGUCUGCAGCAACAACAUGUGCUUCACGGGACUCAAAUCCAACCAAGUGAGCUGGUUCUAG